AUGCAACAAGAAACAUUAGUGCAGCUCCAGUUAGAUGAAGCAUUACAAUCCAAUUUACUCUCCACUAAAAUCAGAGACAUUCCCCACCAUCUCAAACAUGAAAUAAUCAUUGCUCCGAUCAUCUCCGCCGAACAAUUAAAGGAAACCAUUAAAUUUCUCGAUACAAGACGUGAUUGGUUUACCAUUCUCAAAUUUAUGAACGAACACAAUACAGGAUAUAAUCCAUUCUACAAUGUUUCCAUCAGUGCAUUGGGAUUUAAAUAUUCACUUAGUUGGUGCUAUAAUUUAUUAGAAAUUGCCUCCAAUUUGGGAAAGGAAUUGAAAUUUGAUACAAAUUUUAUAUUUCAAAUAGUUGGGAUAAUUCCUGGAUUUAUUUAUAAUAAUUCGAAUGAUGUUAUUAGAAACGAUAGAGAAGUUGUGUUGAGAUCUGUUAAGAGAUUGGGUUCCAUGCUUGGUGUUGCUUCUGAUAGAUUGAAAGAUGACAGAGAAAUAGUAAUAACAGCUGUCAAGCAAGAUGGUGAAAGUUUACGCUAUGCAAAUGAAAGAUUUAGGAGUGAUAGAGAAAUAGUCCUAGCAGCUGUCAAAACUGCUGGUUUGGCAUAUGUUCAUGAAUCAUUAAGGAAUGACAGAGAAAUUGUUGAGCUGGCAAUUUCACAUUGUGGAUCAUUUCUAUCAGGUGCAAGUGAGGAAAUGAAAAAAGAUAGAGAAAUUGUAAUGAAAGCCAUUUCGACAAGUUCACAAGGAUGUGCAUUUCAAUAUGUGAGUCGAGAAUUAAAGCUCGAUAAGAAAUUUGUUUUACAAGUUCUCAGAAAAACUGAGGGACAAGCUCUUUGUUAUGUGAGUGAAGAAUUAAUUAAGGAUAAGGAAUUUCUUGUUGAAAUAUUGAAAGUUAUUGGGACAUCUUUCACGAAUACAUAUGUUAUUGGGAGAAUUAUUAAGGAUGAUAGAGAUUUGAUAUUAUUAAUUGCUAAAUAA